AUGAGCUCUCCCGAAUAUCAGAAUCACUUUUCGCUCGCCAACAUCCCGUUCGGGGUAGCCUCAUCCAAGAGUCACCCAACGCCGCAAUGUGUAACUCGACUGGAAAAUAAGGUCAUCUUCCUGGCCGACCUGCAGCGUGCAGGCGCUUUCACCGGUGUCACAGGUCUUCCCGAGUCUAUUUUUGACAACUCAACCCUCAACGAGUACGCAGCGAUAUCAAAGUCCAUUCAGCGUCAAGUUCGCAACGUGCUACAAGAAACGCUGGCCAAACCCCUGCCCGCGGAUUCUUUCGAAGAGAUCGGCGCGGUGACACUUCAUAUGCCUGUUCGAGUUGGAGGAUUUACAGAUUUCUCUUGUAGCUUGCAUCAUGUUCGAAAUGCAGGCCGUGCGAUUCUCAAUGACGAGACUCCUCCCCCCGGGUUCUUCAACUUCCCAAUUGGAUACAAUGGGCGAGCAAGCACGGUGUUCACGUCCGGCACCCCUGUGAUCCGGCCAAAGGGCCAUUACUUCGACCGAUCGGCGCCCACGGAAAAGAAGCCUAUCAUAUAUGGUCCAUCCCAGGCCUUGGAUUACGAAUUGGAGAUCGGCGUCAUUGUUGGAAAGGGUGUUCCUCGUUUACAAGGAUUGAAUGCAAAAGACGCGGAUGAGAACAUUUUCGGCUUUGUCAUCUUGAAUGACUGGAGUGCCCGUGAUGUUCAGGGAUGUGAGAUGAUUCCAUUGGGCCCGCUCAAUGGCAAGUCAUUUGGUACCAGUAUUUCACCCUGGAUUGUAACACUGGAUGCCCUAGAACCCUUUAAAGUACCAGGACCAAAGCCAGAGCGAGUCCUGGCAAGCCACCUCGAAGAUGUCGAGGUAUCCAGCUAUGCCAUCGACUUCAAAGUGGAGAUCAUCGCGGGAAAUAAGAUCACGAAGAUCAGCGAGUCCAAUGCGCAAGAUCUGCACUGGAGCAGUCGCCAAAUGGCCGCCCACCUCGCCAGUAUUGGAGCUGAUCUCCAAACGGGUGACAUAAUUGGUACAGGUACGGUGAGCGGGCCCGUCGACGGUAGCUACGGCUGUCUUCUUGAGAUUACCAAAGCUGGUAAAGAGCCGAUCACAUUGGACGAUGGCUCUAAGAGACACUUCCUGCUCGAUGGAGACAUUGUUCGCAUGACUGCUUUGGCGGGCGGUGCAGGCUCCGGGGUCGGGUUCGGAGAAUGCGUUGGUGAAGUGAUGCCCGCCGUGUAA